GCGGCCCCGCCCCCCGGCGCUCGGCGGGCGCGCAGUCGGUGGCGGCCAUGGCUCCGAGCGCUCCGCCCGGGCAGGGCCCGGCCCCGGCCCCGGGGCUCCGCCACGGCAUCCGCGCCGUGCUGCUGGGCCCGCCCGGCGCCGGCAAGGGCACGCAGGCUCCCAAGCUCGCCGAGACCUACUGCGUGUGCCACCUGGCUACCGGCGACAUGCUGCGGGCCAUGGUGGCCUCGGGCUCCGAGCUGGGCAAGCGGAUCAAGGACACCAUGGAUUCUGGGAAGCUGGUGAGCGAUGAGAUGGUGGUGGAGCUGAUUGAGAACAACCUGGACUCCCCUCCCUGCAAGAACGGGUUCCUGCUGGAUGGCUUCCCCCGCACGGUGAAGCAGGCGGAGAUGCUGGAUGAGCUCCUGGAGAAGAGGAGGGAGAAGCUCGACUCGGUCAUUGAGUUCAGCAUCCCUGACUCCUUGCUGAUCCGGAGGAUCACUGGACGGCUGAUUCACCCAGCGAGUGGCCGCUCGUAUCACGAGGAGUUCAGACCCCCGAAAGAGCCCAUGAAGGACGAUGUCACUGGAGAGCCCCUGAUCCGCCGCUCCGACGAUAACGAAACCGCCCUGAAAACCCGCCUGAAGUCCUAUCACACCCAGACCUCUCCCCUGAUCUCCUACUACAGCAAGAGGGGGAUCCAUAAGGCCGUGGAUGCCUCCCAGUCUCCUGACGUGGUGUUUGCCAGCAUCCUGGCAGCCUUCUCGAGAGCAACAUCUGAGUGACUCCAUGAACCAGAUGAGACACCACCAAACGCUGCACACUCUGCUACAUCACCCAUUGCAGCCCUCCCUUGGGCUGCAGGGAGGGCAGCUAGGAGUGGGGGGGGGGUUAUGAUUGAUGGGAG